GGUCACGGGGGCGGAGCGCCGCCCUGACCAGCGCCAGUCGUCAGCAGUCGCCGGUGUGAGUGAGAGCGCUUUCUGCCGGGCCGUGGGUGGUUUUUAUGUUGCUAAAAUCGGUACCGCAUUUAUCAGUGUAGGAUGGCGGCCAGGUACGACAGAGCCAUAACGGUCUUCUCUCCCGACGGCCACCUCUUCCAAGUGGAGUACGCGCAGGAGGCCGUGAAGAAGGGAUCCACCGCUGUUGGAAUUCGAGGGAGAGACAUAGUUGUUCUUGGCGUGGAGAAGAAAUCUGUUGCCAAGCUGCAGGAGGAAAGAACUGUUCGCAAAAUCUGUGCACUUGAUGAACACGUCUGUAUGGCCUUCGCAGGGUUGACAGCAGAUGCGCGCAUAGUGAUUAACAGAGCAAGGGUUGAAUGCCAAAGUCACAGGCUUACUGUGGAGGAUCCGGUUACAGUGGAGUACAUCACUCGCUACAUAGCAACCCUGAAACAGCGCUAUACUCAGAGCAAUGGACGCAGGCCGUUUGGCAUCUCCGCCUUGAUUGUGGGCUUUGAUUAUGACGGAACUCCAAGGUUGUAUCAGACUGACCCUUCAGGAACUUACCAUGCUUGGAAGGCAAACGCAAUUGGCCGCAGUGCAAAGACAGUGAGAGAGUUCUUGGAAAAAAAUUAUACUGAGGAAGCUAUUGCAACUGACAAUGAUGCCAUCAAGCUUGCAAUCAAAGCUUUGCUUGAGGUCGUGCAGUCUGGUGGAAAGAACAUUGAACUUGCUGUCAUCAGAAGGAAUCAGCCCUUAAAGAUACUGGAGUCAAAAGAGAUAGAAACACUGGUUGCCGAAAUAGAGAAAGAAAAGGAAGAAGAGGCAGAGAAAAAGAAGCAGAAGAAAGCCACCUAAGUUUCCUGGACUGUUAAUUCUGAGGCCUCUGCUCUUAGUUUUGAAGAACAAACACUACACCUUGGACUGCACAUGUUAUACAUGGCUUACUAGACUUCUACAGUAUUGUUGUUAUUGAUGAAUAAGCUGAAAGAAAGGUCAAAUAGUUCUGUAUUGACUCCAUGAUAGGUUUUCCCUUUUGUCAUUCUUAAGUAUGACUUAAUGUGGUUUUGGACACUACGCUGCUUUGUAUGUCAGGAACUUUAGGCUGCAUCCAAUAAAGGCAUUUGGUUGUUUGUAUUA